CAUAUGCCUCGGUGAGCUCCCCCCCCCCCUGCCGCCGCGACCUGCUUUCCUCUUCCUCGCGGUGUGCUCUGCUUGUGAGUCCUACGGAUUCGUGGCCGACUCGCAGCCUGCGGGGAAGCGAGCCAUCGAUUAAGCGAAGCGAGAGAGAGAACGGGAGUGAGUUUGCGUGUUAGCCAUGGCUGCAAUGGCUGCAGUGGCCUCCAUGGCAACUAUGACGUCGCCGAAGUCCAUUGCACCGUGUUCCUCUAUCGCCGUGGGUAAGGUCGUCGCCAUAACUCCCUUGUGUCGGAGUACGAGAGUCGGGUUUGGUGUGGCGAAUUUGAGUGGCAGGCGAUGGACUCCACUCGUAGUGGUUCAGGCGCAGGUUGAGAAGAGCUCGGUGCAAGAGCGGAGCUGGGAGGAGAAGGACCGGGAUUUGGUGGCGUCGCAGGGGUUUUUCCAGGACCAGAGUGUGGAGUAUGAGGGGAUUGAGGAGGCAGAGGAGGAGGAGGAAGAGAAAGAGGAGGAUUACGGUGUUGAUGUAGGUGCGAAUGCAGCGUUCAACGCUGCGGGAGGAGAGGAAGAUUACGGCGAGGUGAACAAGAUCCUUGCGAGUAGAGUGGUGGAUGGGGAGACGCAGUAUUUGAUUGAGUGGAAGGACGACCACCCGGACAGCUGGGAGCCCCCUGCUAACAUUGCUAACGAUGUGGUCUACGAGUACGAGACUCCGUGGUGGCAGGCUGCCAAAAAGGGGGAUGAUCAAAAGUUACAGGAGCUUCUCCAAGAUGAAGGUCGGGAUGUCAACGCAAUCGACGAGAACAAAAGAACCGCUCUAUUUUUCGCUUCAGGAUUGGGCUCUGAAAAAUGCGUGAAGAUGUUGCUCGAGGAAGGUGCUGACGUGCACUGGCAGGACAAGGACGGCUUCACAGCAUUGCACAUUGCAGCCGGUUAUGUCCACACUAGCGUCGUGAAAGCUUUGCUGGCCGCAGGAGCUGACCCCGAACUCGAGGACGAGAAAGGUCGAUCCUCCCUGAUGCUCGCCCAAGAACUCCUGGAGAGAACUCCUCGCACGAACCCCAUGCAAUUUGCGAGAAGGUUGGCCCUCGAUCAGGUUGUGAAGUUACUGGAUGAGGCUAUCUACGAAACUGUGGAGGUGGAGCAAAUCCUUGAUAAGCGAAUAGUCGGGAAUGUAACGGAGUACCUGGUGAAGUGGAGUGAUGACUCAGAAGAGAGCUGGGAGACAACAGAGAAUAUUGCAGAAGAUCUGAUCAAGGAUUACGAAGAAGGUUUAGAGUAUGGCAUUGCUGAGAAGAUUGUAGAUAAGCGAGAGGUGGAUGGGAAAGCCGAGUAUCUGGUGCAGUGGGCAGAUUCAACGGAAAACACCUGGGAACCUGCAGAUAACGUUGCAGAUGAGAUCAUUGCCGAGUUUGAAAGUCAGAAAGUAACGACAAGGUGAGCACAGACGAAGCUUUCGCGUCCUUGUUUGAUGGCGUAUUUUGACAGCCAUUGAGAAAUGUUAGUGUAGAGUAGGCCAUGGUAGUAGCACCAGAAGCUUGUGUCUCGUGCUGCCACUUUCAACAGGUUAAUUAGAAGUAAGAAGGACGUUUCAACCGUUCAUGGUAACGUUGGUGCAAGAACCUAUUUACUUGUACUGUACCACUAGCUUCCCCGUCAUUUUCCCUCUAAGGUUCAUGGGAGAGUAUUUGAGCACACCACCUCGGCAAUGAACAACGUUCGUAAACUAUUCCCACAUGCCGAGGUUUUUAAUAGGCGAUUGGUUUAUCAGCAGUUAUAUUAGCAUUGAUGAAAGGAGAAUGCUUUACCAAGUGCAAAAGAGGGAUAUUUUUCCAGUAUUAUUCAGAAAAAUGAUUUCCUCUAAAUUUUCCAUGCC